UUCCAACAUGGCGGGUGUCCGCGAAUUGUCAAAGCUUUUAAAAUCGCACUUGUUGCAUUUUCCCAGGAAAUCUCACCCCCUAGGAGGCUCUCGAAGUGCAUUUCAAACAUAUGGUAGAUGUGCUUCAACAUUGACAUUCGUUCCUGAUUCUCCGUCACCUCUUGAUGGAGAAACUCAAAAAAUGAAUUUGUUUCAGUCUUUAACAAAUGCAAUGGAUAUCAUUCUUGAUUCAGAUCCAACUUCGGUUGUAUUUGGAGAGGAUGUAGCAUUUGGUGGAGUUUUUAGAUGUACAGUUGGUCUAAAGGACAAAUAUGGAAAAGACAGAGUCUUCAACACACCACUCAGUGAACAAGGAAUUGUUGGUUUUGGAAUUGGAAUGGCUGCAGCAGGUGCUACAGCUAUUGCUGAGAUUCAGUUUGCUGAUUAUAUUUUCCCUGCAUUUGAUCAGCUGGUGAAUGAAGCUGCAAAGUUUAGGUAUCGGUCAGGAAAUCUUUUCAACUGUGGAAGCUUAACUGUACGAGCACCAUGUGGGGCUGUUGGCCAUGGGGCUCAUUAUCAUUCACAGUCUGUGGAAAGUUUCUUUGCUCAUGUUCCAGGAUUGAAGGUCGUUAUACCAAGGGGGCCAAUUCAAGCAAAAGGACUACUCCUCUCUUCUAUCAGAGACAAGAAUCCAGUUGUAUUUUUUGAACCCAAGAUCUUGUACAGACAAGCAGUUGAAGAAGUUCCUGUGGGAGACUAUGAAAUCCCACUCUCUGAGGCAGAAAUUCUAGAGGAGGGUUCAGAUGUAACAGUAGUGGGGUGGGGCACACAGAUCCAUGUCUUACGAGAUGUCUGUAAAAUGGCAAAAGAUCAGCUAGGAGUGAGCUGUGAACUUAUUGAUCUCAGGACAAUUCUUCCUUGGGAUGAAGACACCGUCUUCAAGUCUGUGAUGAAGACUGGGAGAUUGUUAAUAGCACAUGAAGCUACUCUUACAGGAGGAUUUGGAGCAGAAAUAAGUAGCACUGUACAGGAACAUUGUUUCUUGUCACUUGAGGCCCCCAUCCAGCGAGUGUGUGGCUGGGACACACCCUUCCCUCACAUAUUUGAGCCAUUUUACCUUCCAGACAAGUGGAGAUGUUUUGAGGCCCUCAAAAAAAUCAUUAGCUAUUAGGAAUUUAACUUGCUUUCAUACACUAUGAAAGCUUAAUUAAAUAUAUUUUGUAGCCUUAAAAGUUACCUAAUGGAUCUCUUUAUAGCACUUUUUGGACUUGAAUUUCAAUUUUACUUCAAAAUGAAGUCCACUUUCUUACAGACAGCACAUAUCUUCAUUUACAAGUUAGUCCUGUGGAAGUGAUCAAACAUCUUUUAUUUAGUUAUUCCAAAAAGUUGUAUUUAUAUUUAAUUUAAGAUUUAACUAUUUUAACUUAGGAUAAUUUAUAUUACCAGAAGUAUACAACCUAGCUUAUAUGCUACUGAUGAAAUAGAUAGUUGAUGGUAGUAGCAGAGGUUUCCCAUACAUUUCAGUUAAUAACUCAAAGCUGAAGAAGGCAACCUAGGUGAAAAAGAUCAUAUCUAGAUAAUAAUUUUGGUCUUGAUGCAGGUAUGUUCUCAUCACAAACCACUACUUCCAUUAGGAGCACUUCUGAACAAAGUAUAAUGACUGUGAGGGAGAGAUUUCUGAUUAGAAUAUUAGAAUAAAAGGAUGGAUGGUGCAGGCCUAUCUAUGAUUCAUCACAAUUUGUCCUUUGUAGCUUAAGGGUUCAUCUUCAUCAUCAAAGAAAAUGAUAGGCCAAUAGGGCUACCUUUACUUAAAUUGGUCUCCUUAUUUAAGAUAGAAAAUUCAGAAAUGAGUGUAUACUGUUUUGACAUUAAAGGCCAUUCGGGGUAAAGGUUUCUAAUGGACUGACAAGUCCUACAAGGCAGCUUUAAGCAUUCCACCAAAAUAAUGGGACUAAAAAACAAGAACAUGGGUGAAUAUUGUGAAUCUGGACUGUAAACAUAACAAGAGGCAAUGAAGUAUACAACCAAAGGAGCACACAAAAAGUCAGUGGUAAAAGGCAGUAAAUAGGCAAGUACAUCUAAUAUAGGUCAUUCACUGCCUUGACCAUUUUCUCAGCAAUUUAUUGUGUUUAGAGUGUGCUCAUUACAGUGGUGAAGACAGCUUAGAAGCAUGUUAUCACAGUUUAUUUUUUCACUCUUAAAACUUGAAAUUACAAAAAAAAAUGUACUUGGAAAUGUACAUAGGAGACAAAUGCCCAGAAAUGUACAGGAGAGACCUUUAAAUUUCACUUGGAGCCAUCAAUAAUAUGGUUGCCAAUGUUUGCAAAAAUAUCUUAACUACAAGUUAGGUUUGAGAAUUAAAUUCGUUGUAAACCAUAUCCCCAUUUCUGACUAUCUAUGAUGUGCAGCCAUACAUCGAAGAAGUUUAAAUCAGCUUCCAUAGUUGAUAAUUACUUCAGUACCAUUCAUUGUUAGCUUUUUCUACAAAGAAAUCUACCAAGUAUAAAAAACAAAUUAAGUGAUAAAUUUUGGAAUCAAAGGUAACCUCAUUGUUGAUGUCAUAUAAAAUGUCCAAUUAGCAUAUCAAAAACUCACCAGAGCAAUCUAAGAAAACCAAGAUACUAUCCCUCAGUGACAUUUGUGUCUUGGGUUCAUUUAAAUAAAAAUGCAACACAAAAGCCAUGACAUCAAAACUCUCCCAAACAACAUUCUGGAGGGUUUGGAAGACCUGAGUAUGGUCAACAAACAGCUGGUCAGCUACUUGUCCUGGCAAGGUCAAAUGUGUUAUCACCUGGUAUUGGACAACUAUCCUUAGUUAAAUUAGUAAGCUUUUAACAAAGGACUAGAGGGGCCAAUGGCAGCAACUUUCAUUUCUUGGAAAAAAGGCUUUAAAUUUGUUACCCUAG